AUGUCCUCCGAGUACAACUACGAUGCGGAUGCGCAGUUCUUCCCUUUCUUCGUCUUGACCAUAACGUCUCUCACAACGAUCCCCUUGACAUACACCCUACUCCGCGCCCCUUCAGACGGUGCCACCACCUCGAAGAGAGCUGCACAUAUCAAUUCCGAAUACCAACCAGACAACUCGGACAUAAUCGACACCCAACGCGCCAAGCAAAAACGCAAAGAACUCCGCCUCAAACGCAUCCUCUUCGCCGUCUCAGGAUGGCUAACUAUAGCCUGGAUGGUCUACCUCAUGGCCGUGACUGCACGUGCCCAACCCAAGAUUUGGAAUCCCUACGAUAUCCUCGAUGUCGGCCUCAGUGCGAGCGAGAAGCAGAUCAAUAGCCGAUAUCGCAGAUUGUCGGUAACGAUGCAUCCUGAUAAGCGGCAGCCAAACCCUGCGCUCAAUGAGACGAGCGAGAGUGUGAAUGAUCAGUGGGUCGAGAUUGUGAAGGCGUACAAGGCUUUGACGGACGAGGAGGUGAGAAAUAAUUAUGUGCAGUAUGGCAAUCCGGAUGGGAAGCAGUCGACUAGUUUCGGCAUUGCGCUGCCGCAGUUUUUGGUUGCCGAGGGAAGUGGAAAGUAUGUGCUGGUUCUCUAUGGUUUGCUGCUGGGUAUUGGUCUGCCGUGGCUGGUUGGGAAGUGGUGGUAUGGUAUGCAGAAGCUUACUAAGGAGAAGGUGCUGAUCACAACGGCUGGGAACAUGUUCAGGGAGUUCAAGGAGCGCAUGGAUGAGGGUGAUGUUGUGGCUGCGGUCAGCAGUGCUAUGGAGUACAAGGAGAUUCUGAGUGGUGCGAAUGCAGAUGCUGGACUGGGGAAGCUGGAGAAGAAGCUGCAGGCUGCGGACAGCUCGGAGACGGGUAUGCUGGCCAAGGACAAGAGGAAGCUGGAGGAGUCUGAGGAGGCAGCUAGACGCAAGACAUUGGCUCUUAUCUGGGCAUAUCUCUCAAGACUGGAGCUGGAUGACAAGAGCCUUGAGGCUGAGAAGUACGAGCUGGCUCCUACGACUCUACAGAUGAAUGAGGCUUUCGUUUCAAUCUCUUUAGCAUAUGGCUUCACAUCGCCAGUCUUGGCCUCGUACCAUCUAAGCCAAAGUUUAGUGCAAGCAGUAGCGCCAGGCACAGAUCGCCUGCCGCUCAUGCAGCUGCCACACUUCACGCCCAGUACCGUGCAAACCAUCGAGCAAAAGACGGUCGCGGGUGCCAAGAAAGAACACCUGACCAUCCAAAACUUUAUGGCACUACCAGCCGAACAACGACAAGCGCUGGCCACAGCAGCCGGUCUCUCGAAGAACCACCUGAGCGCGGCAGAAAGUGUGGCAAAACAACUUCCUCUCCUCAAAAUCGAGAAGGCAUUCUUCAAGGUUCAGGGUGAAAAGCACCUACUACCAUCUUCACUGGUACAGUUCGUGGUCAAGGCACGCUUCAUUCCACCCGGCACACCCGCCUCUGCGAUCCCACCUCUCAAGGACUCUGAUCUCCAGGACAUCGACCCAGCCGAAGGCGACAUUGAAGCGCAAAAGAAAGAAAUCGAGCAACAUCCUAUACCCUUCGCGCACGCCCCUUACCUGGCCAAAGACCGGAGUCCACGCUGGCAUAUCUUCUUGGCCGAUAACAGACAAGGCAAGAUUGCCGUACCGCCUUUCACCUUCAGCACAUUUGAUAAGAUGGCUUUCGAGGACGAUGGGAAGGGGAGUCUGAAACCCACUUUCGAGGUCGUGACCUUGAAGAUGCAAUUCCAGGCUCCGCCGCAAGCGGGAGAGUAUAGAUUUCAAAUGAAUGUCAUUUGCGACAGCUAUAUUGGUUUCGAUCACAAGCAGGAUGCUAUAAUGGAUAUCGCCGACCCGGCCUCGAUCCCUGCGGACGUGGAGGAAGUCGCGGAAGACGACAUCUCUGAGCCCGAGGAGGAUAGUAUUGCGGGACAGAUGGCUAGUUUGCGAGGACAGCCGACGAGUGAUCCGGCGGAAAGGGAGGCGAAGGAGGCUGCGAGGGCGGAGAGGCAGAGGAGGAGGGAUGAGCAGAGGAAGGCUAUACAGGCUAAGGGUGGGAAGGAGGGUGAGGGUGAGGAGAGCGAUUAUGAGAGUGGGACUGAUGAGGAUGAGGAGAGUGUGUCUGAGACGGACACGGAGACGGAUUCGGAUGAGGAAGCUGCUAAGAAGAAGGGUGCUUGGUGGUGA